AUUGAAAUGUGUACAUCCGGUUUCAGCUUCCACCUUAUAUCAGCUGCUUCUGCUGACAUGUUAUCUAACAAAACUGCAAACUCUUUGUCGUGACGGUUACAGCAGUAAACUUUCUUUUUUUUUAAUAUAUAUAUAAUUGAUAAGAUGCGGCUGCUUCUGCACCUCCUGCCUCCUUUCGCCGCUCCUGCUCGGACAGCCUCCUCUGUGCCUGCGGGGAAGUUGGAUUUUGUCCCCGCUUGCAGCACCGCGGAUGCCCGCUCUCUGGAGCUGCUGCAGGACUUCGUCUCCCGGUCCAGACGGUUGUUUGUUGUUACCGGAGCAGGUCUUUCUACGGAGUCGGGCAUCCCUGAUUACCGCUCGGAGGGAGUCGGCUUGUACGCCCGCACCGACCGCAGACCCAUGCAGCACGCAGAGUUUACCCGCAGCGCCAAGUCCCGCCAGAGAUACUGGGCCAGAAACUUCGUCGGAUGGCCGCAGUUCUCCUCCCAUCAGCCUAACGGGGCCCACCGAGCUCUGCGGAGCUGGGAGGAGAGGGGGAAGCUGCACUGGCUGCUCACCCAGAAUGUGGACGCUCUCCACUCCAAGGCGGGACAGAGGCGCCUCACGGAGCUCCACGGCUGCGCCCAUAGGGUAACAUGUCUGGGCUGUGGAGCCAUCACCUUAAGGGAGGACCUACAGAGGCGGUUUGUGUCUAUAAACCCAGACUGGAGCGCUCAGGCAGGAGCUGCGGCUCCAGACGGUGAUGUCUUCUUAGAAGACGAGCAGGUCCUGAACUUCAGGGUCCCCUCCUGUCAGCAGUGUGGCGGGAUUCUGAAGCCAGACGUUACAUUUUUUGGAGACACGGUGAACAGAGCGACUGUGCAGUUUGUGCACGAAAGACUGGCAGAGGCGGAUGCAGUCCUGGUCGUAGGGUCGUCGCUGCAGGUGUAUUCAGGAUACAGGUUUAUGCUGGCAGCAAGUGAGCGGAAGAUGCCGAUCGCCAUCCUGAACAUCGGCCCCACCAGAGCAGAUCACCUGGCGGAGCUGAAAGUGAGAGGCCGUUGUGGGGAAGUGAUGUCAGUGAUCCAGCCACUCUGAUGUUGGGGAUGGCAUCAGAGUUAUCUGUGCUGUGAUGACUGAAGCCGCAUCAGAUGUUGGUGAAUGACCAUCAGAGUGAGGUGCUG